AAAAGUAUAAUUUCGAUUAUCGAUAGAACAAACAUAGAGAGAGAUCGUUAAAACAUUAUAACAUUAAAACAUACAAAAAUUUAUUUCAGUAUUUAGUAUAAAGUUCUACACUUAAGAAGCUACUUUUUAUAAAAAAAAAAUCAAAAUGCAUAAAUAUCAAACGCUCCUUGAUCCGAUUGUGGUAUGUCCGUAUGACAAAAAUCACUUUAUCGCAAAAUCUCGUCUUCCAAAGCACAUUAUCAAAUGCGAAAAACAAUAUCCUGAACAUUAUAAACUCAUGUGUCCAUAUAAUGCAUCCCACCGAUUGUCUAAAAAAGAAUUCGAGGAACAUAUCACUACCUGUCCCACACGUAAUAUAUUGGAAUCAGAAAUAUAUUCAGAAAUAAGAAAACAUGGUGCAACAAAUUUUGUACCUCCAGAUCUUUCAAGUACAAUAGAUUGUAAAGAAAAUUGGGACAUAGAUAUUAAUAACAAUUCCAUUACCAUAACUGAAGAAGAGUGUUCUGUGGGCAAUAACAUUGAUUCAAAGGCUCAUUGUAACUCUCCUCAAUAUAAAUUGAAAAAAAGAAGCUCAGAUGAUAUAUUCAUAAGAGCACCACGUGGUUUCUCUGAAGCUAUGUUAAAAGAAGGGAGUGAAGACUAUUGUAUUGAGGACCUAGAAUCAGUAGUUAGUUCAAUGGGAAUUGGCAGAGGAAAGAUUACAUUGAACACUGAUCAGUUGAAAAAAAUUGGACUAGGAAGGGGAGCAAAUGAAGACUCAGAAUCAGUAGUUAGUUCAAUGGGAAUUGGCAGAGGAAAGAUUACAUUGAACACUAAUCAGUUGAAAAAAUUUGGACUAGGAAGAGGAGCAAAUGAAGACUCUUGUAUAGAGGACUUAGAAUCAGUAGUUAGUUCAAUGGGAAUUGGCAGAGGAAAGAUUACAUUGAACACUGAUAAGUUGAAAAAAAUUGGACUAGGAAGGGGAACAAAUGAAGACUCUUGUAUAGAGGACUUAGAAUCAGUAGUUAGUUCAAUGGGAAUUGGCAGAGGAAAGAUUACAUUGAACACUGAUAAGUUGAAAAAAAUUGGACUAGGUAGGGGAAGACCAAUGAACAAUGUUUCAUAAGUGUAAUUCCGCUUAUAUAUAAAUAAUAGUCAACAAAGAUAUAUAUAUAUAUUCAUAUUUUUUUUAAUUUAAAUAAAAUAAUCCAGUAUUAUCUAAAUACUAUAUUUUUAUAUAUAAUUUACAAUAUGUAAUUUGUCACUUACAUAUCUUAUACUUAAAUAUUCGUUUAAUUUCAUGAACUUUCUCAUUUAUUUAAAAAUUUACAUUAUUUAAGAUAUUUACAAAUAUAGUGUAAAUGGUUUCUUAAUUAUCAAGUAUAAUUAAUUCUCCUAUAAAAAAGAAUAUUUUAAAAGUAUAUAAAAGAAGAAAGUAAAAUAUUUAAAUUACUUGCAAAAUAACAUUAUAAUUGCAGUGGCAGUUGAUACAUGUUCAUUAUUUAAGUUUCUCAUCUUUUCUAUAAUGUAAAAUUUAUGAGUUUUAAAUGUAAUUAGAAUAUAGUUAAACAUUAAUCAUAAUACAUAAAAUGAGAAUAUAACGAAUAAUAUAUUUUCUAAUUAUCAGUAGUAAUUAAUUUAAUAUAGAUUAU